CAUCAAUUGGAAAAGAAAUAACUCCGUCGAGUGCCGGUGUGAGCUCAUGUAAUAAAAAAUACAACCAGAUCCAUAGAAAAUAUGUCGGAUCCGUCGUGAGAGUGAAAGAGAACGAAACGCCGGUCGUGUGAUAGAAAAGGACGGUAACAAAGAUUUCAGUGUUGUUCAGUUUGGGACGAAGUGAGUCUCGCGCAAACAAGAGAAAGAGCGUAAACCAAGAAGUACGCACGGGCAGACCUAGCUUCAAUACUGAAGAAAAGGGCACUAACUAAAAAGCCACGGAUCGAGCGCGUGUGUGUUGUGCAAGUAAAAGAAGAAAAUCGAUAUUAUGUGAAUGUGUCAAAAUCAGGUCACUGUGGAUUUAAAGCAAGCAUGGCUAAAAAGCCAACGCUCCAUGGCUGAUUAGUCUUAAAGUGAGACAAAUCGAAAAUAAAAUUUGAUAAAGAGUGUGAUACUCGCUUUUGACGAUUGAUCAACUGCGAAUACAUAGCCGUGUCGCUUUGCGUAGUUAAAAAAAGUCUGUUGGUCCCUCUUAGUGAAGACUGAGCUGAAAGAGGUUAGACGUUCGCCAAGAUUUAGGAAUAGAGGAACAGCACGAGCAAACGAAAAUGGAUUUUUUGCUGUCAGUCUAAUCCCACAUCAUCGAGAGCAACGCUCAAACCAUCAGCGCCAUUUCGUUUUAGGAAGACUGAGUUCUUGCAGCCAACGGCAUCAAGUGCCAGUAGCGGCGGAAGAAUACUACCGCCGGUGAUUACGCUGUCUACACGGAGAAAGCCGAUCGCAUUGGUUUGGAAUUUCACUAGUUGGAUGUUCCUGAAAUGUGUUAAUUUGGUGGUAACGACGAAAAAAGGGAACGUCAAAAUUUGAAUGUGAUUUGAAUCAAUAAAAUUGAAGCAUAUCGAUAGAGUUGAAAAUUGCUUGUAUACGGUGCCAAAUGUAUAGGAAAAGUGUGUGUUAACGAUUAUCAAGUAUUGAAACGAAAAAAAAAUAAAGAUUGAAAUGAAAAUUGUUUGAAGUGUGAAUUGAAAGUGUCGUUCACCCGUUUUUGGUGGUUCGAGUACCACCUCGGGGUAUAACGUUGGCGUGAAAUAAAAUCAAUACCUCCAACCCUAUCAGCAUUAGCAGGAUGGCAAUGACAGCGUGUUAUCCGAACUAUGAGCUAUCAGUGGGGUCCGGAAUCUCACACCAGCAGCAGCAGUUGCAUCACAUACCGGUGUCUACACGGUUAGCUAGCACGGCACCAAUGGCACAGAAGGACUACAGUAUUCCGUUGCAUGUUGAUUGCAGUGUGGAGUAUGAAUUACCAAAUCAGGCCAAGCCUCCGGUAGGAGCUAGGGUGGAGCCGUUGCUGAUGAUACAUCCUUGCUAUUUUCGAAAGAUGGAAAGUCAGAGGCGCAGUCCAUUUAUAAAUAAUAUGCCAAAUUCAUCCCGUAGUUCUAAUUCAAUUGUUGCCAAUGUUGUUGAUUCGUCGUCGAUGAGCCGCCGUAGCUCCAAAUCUAGUUCACAACAGACUUCGCAGCAGCCACAGCAACAUGUAGUUUCUAGUCAUCAAAGCAGUAUGCAUCAUCAUCAAAAUUUGCAGCAACAGAUUGAUGAAUACGUACAGCGGCAGAUGGCUCAAAGGUCCCAGCAGGCGCACUAUCCUGUUGGGACGAGCAGUCAGCAACAACAGCAUCAGCAGCAGCAGCAGCAGCAGCAACAACAACAACAGUCACAACAUGUUCAAUCACAACACCAUCGCCAUCAUUCGCAUCAACCACAGCCCCAACAGCAACAAAUCCAUCAACAGUCACAUAUAACCAGUCAACAACAAUCCUCCAACCAAUACAGUUUGCAAAGUCAACAGCAGCAGCAACAACUAGUAAAUACCUCAGACUGGAGCCGUUAUAUGGGCUCCGACGGGGUAGUUCGGAGCUACGGAAAGGUCAAUAUAGCCAAUCAAACUGCCUACAACAGCAACAACAACAACAACAACAACAGCAGUAAGUCAAAAGCCAUUAAGCGUUGUAAUACGGGUAUGACCCAGUUGGCGCACACAAAUACCGCCGGCACUGGUCAACAACAACAGCAGCCGAAUCUGAUUCCGGCCAGCUGUGCUGCGUUCAACACUAGCAGCAGUUUGGAGGGUGGAUUACCAUCCGGUCCCCGGUGGGACGUUGAAAAGACUUCAAUGGCCGCUGUGCCUCGUGACUUUCAGGCUGGUCCCGAAUCGUUACCGAUCAAAGUGAAUGCUAGUCUACUGGCAAGCGGAAACAGUUCCCAAACUGCCAGCAGUAACAAUAAUAACUACCAACCGUCGGCAACAAUGUACCGAAAUCCGUCGGUCGUUGGCAAACGUGAUGCUAUGCUUUCCGGAGGCUGUGGUGUAUAUAGUAAUAGUAGCAACAAUAAUAACAAUAACACUAGUAACAAUAACAACACGGAUCUAGGACUAUCAGCUAGUGGUCUGUGGGACUCGACGGCACUUUUGGAGAAAAGUCCAAUGGCUACGAUACCACGUGAUUACCAAGCUGGUCCGGAUCACAUGGCGUGCAGCAAAAUGGUGGGCGCUGGUAGUGCUAUGCUCUCAUCCGGCCAUGCGUUGAUGCGGAGCAGCAGCAAUCACCACACCAGCUCCAGUAGCAACAGCAUCAAUAGCAGCAGUAGCUAUCAGUCGGAAAAGGCCGUCCUGUUUGGCAAGUACCGACAGCAACAGCGGGCAUCCCACCGGCUACAUCCGUACAUGAUGACCGGUUCAAUGGGCGGCUCUUUUCCACCGCUGAUGGCUCCAGCAUUCCCUCAGAUGCAGCAAGUGUCGUGUUACAAUGUGUGAUUUUAAUGCUAAUCGGCAAAGAGAAAAAUAAUGAUGAGAGUUAUUGAGAAAAAAAGGAAUAAUUUAUUAAUGAUUAUUCAUUGCUAUAAUCUCUUUGUUUGUGUCUUAAAACGACGAAGAACAUGAAGGUAAAAAUAUAAAGAAUAUAAUCAAGCAACUUUUUUCGUUGCAUUUAAAUGUGAUAGUAGUUUUACUCCAAGCAACUUCGAAAGAUAGUAAAAAGUAAUGAUUACAAAAUAGGAUACAAGUUAAACAAAAUAUCGCUAUAUAUAAAAAUAUGUGUUCCAAAGAAAGUCAUGCGAAAUGUAGUGAAUGCAAAAAAAAAUACUACAGCAAAUGAAGAAGUUAGAAUUGCCGUCGGAUGUUAUACAGGAGCAGAAGAAAGAAGAAAAUAAAGUUGAAGCAGGAAAAGUAUGAAAGUUCGAUAAUCCGCGAGAGUUGAGAAGUCUGUCGUGUACGGGUUUCCGCGAGAAAGAAAUAAGCAGUAUAUAAAGUGAUGAUGAUGUGAAGGAUGUUAAAAAUGUGAGAAAAGAACGAGUCGAAAAGUUUCCUAGCCACCAUUUUGGAUUACCGUCGAUGUUCUCAUCAGUCAUUAGAACAAAACGACUGAUUUGUGUCUCCAUUGACUAAAACCACGCUCACAUGAGCACCGUCAGCACCAUCACCCAUCAAUAUUCAUCAGCUUCAAAUGAUAACCAUCGUCAUAGCCAUGGGGAAGUUUCGAGCUAUUCAAAAACAAAAUAUCGUCAGUUUUCAUCAUCAUCAAGCAUCACCAUCAUCAUCGUUCUUUAGACGCUAGCACAAAGAACGUCUACUCGCAUCCGUCAGCUUGGGGCUACUUUCUACGUACAUAUAUAGCCUCAGCUUAUGGCCAUCAUUAACGGAUUGUCUCGUAAACUUUUUCAACCAUUGCCUGGACUAAUUGGAUUACCGAGUUUUCUUACUGCUAGUUCUUGGUUCCACUACUCAUCUCCUCGCUAAAAUAUAAAUUACAUAUACUGAAAGCAAACACACAGACACGUUAACACAUCUACAAUCACACUUACAACUAUUCGAGAACCCUCUUCCUAUCUAACUACAAAAUUGAGGGAUUAGAACUGAUUUCCGGAAAAAUAUAUCUAAAUAAGUAACUAAAACUAAUACGGUCAGGAACCUCUUGAAAGACACAACUUUUAGCUCGCCCUCGAAUGAUAUUGUUAUGUUAUUAUUAUUAUUGGCUGGUCUUUGUUGAUUUGUUAUUUUCUAGAAUCCAUUUCUUUUGUUUUAUUAAACUUUUUCCUUAAGUUGACUUCAGUUCUAUAAAUAUAGAAAACAUAAUAAUAUCGCAUACAACUAUUCUCACAGUGAACGAUAUCCGUACAAGAAUCUAUGCGUAAGAUUUGCUAUCUAUCAUGAAAUUUUGAUUAUAUUUUAUUUUCUAUUAUGUUUCUCUUACUGACUAUGAAUAAAAACUCACUUAACUGCUUUAAACAAAAUUAACCGAGGGAAAACAUAGCAAAACAUAACGAGUCGUUGGAAUUAUUAAGCAAAAUUGUAUCAAAAAUUAUACCAAACGUAACCGAAACAAAAUAAAACACACCUUAGUGAGAAGAAGAGGAUAUAGGCAAGUAAAACAGCAUGAAUGGUCGCAGUUAUUUCUUAUGUAAAACUGACAACUAUAAGCGAAAACAGCAGUAACCUUGUUUGUACAUAUUCUUUAGGAGAAACGAAUGAAAAACGCUAAACAACUGAUACAGAUGCGUUCAGGUAUGCAUUAGUCGCAAAGACGCAAAAGAAAACUGAAAGAAAGAUAAGUAAAACAGUAAACCAAUCGUGUAUAAAUUAUGAUAAUUUAAUAAUUUAAAAAUGGUGAAGAAAACUAUGAAAAAACCACGAAAAAUCAAAUGAAAAUAAUAAUCGCUCUUAUGC